AUGCACUCUCAGAAGCGCGUCGUUGUCCUCGGAUCAGGCGUUAUCGGUCUGAGCAGCGCCCUCAUCCUCGCUCGGAAGGGCUACAGCGUGCAUAUUCUCGCGCGCGACUUGCCGGAGGACGUCUCGAGCCAGACUUUCGCUUCACCAUGGGCUGGCGCGAAUUGGACGCCUUUCAUGACGCUUACAGACGGUCCUCGACAAGCAAAAUGGGAAGAAUCGACUUUCAAGAAGUGGGUCGAGUUGGUCCCGACGGGCCAUGCCAUGUGGCUCAAGGGGACGAGGCGGUUCGCGCAGAACGAAGACGGCUUGCUCGGGCACUGGUACAAGGACAUCACGCCAAAUUACCGCCCCCUCCCAUCUUCCGAAUGUCCACCUGGCGCUAUCGGCGUAACCUACGACACCCUCUCCGUCCACGCACCAAAGUACUGCCAGUACCUUGCAAGAGAGCUGCAGAAGCUCGGCGCGACGUUUGAGAGACGGACCGUUACGUCGCUUGAGCAGGCGUUCGACGGUGCGGAUUUGGUGGUCAACGCUACGGGACUUGGCGCCAAGUCGAUUGCGGGCAUCGACGACCAAGCCGCCGAGCCAAUCCGCGGCCAAACCGUCCUCGUCAAGUCCCCAUGCAAGCGAUGCACGAUGGACUCGUCCGACCCCGCUUCUCCCGCCUACAUCAUUCCCCGACCAGGUGGCGAAGUCAUCUGCGGCGGGACGUACGGCGUGGGAGACUGGGACUUGUCUGUCAACCCAGAGACGGUCCAGCGGAUCCUCAAGCACUGCUUGCGCCUCGACCCGACCAUCUCGAGCGACGGAACGAUCGAAGGCAUCGAGGUCCUCCGCCACAACGUCGGCUUGCGACCUGCACGACGAGGCGGACCCCGCGUCGAGGCAGAACGGAUCGUCCUGCCUCUCGACCGGACAAAGUCGCCCCUCUCGCUCGGCAGGGGCAGCGCACGAGCGGCGAAGGAGAAGGAGGUCACGCUUGUGCAUGCGUAUGGCUUCUCGAGUGCGGGAUACCAGCAGAGUUGGGGCGCGGCGGAGGAUGUCGCGCAGCUCGUCGACGAGGCGUUCCAGCGGUACCACGGCGCGGCGCGGGAGUCGAAGUUGUAG